GCGCUGUCAAUCCUCCCUCCAAACCAAGGAGCUACUUGGGAACGCACAGAACUGGAAAUUUCCCUCGGCGGCGCCGUGAACGAUGCCGCGUACCACCACUGUUGACUGCCCUGGUUGCCCUCCGUUUCGAGCUCUAACUUUUGACGCACUUGGUCUCAUUAAAGUUGUUGAAGCCCGUGAUAAGCAAGCUGCGGUUCCACGUGUCGUGGAUAGAUGGGGUGACCCAGACUCCUCCAGUUGCGUCUCAGCCGUGUCUUUCACUGACCGCAAGGCUGACCCGUUAUUAGCCGUAGCGAGGAAAAAUGGGAGGGUUGAAGUUCUGAACCCUGUAAAUGGAGAUGUACAGGCUGCAAUGUUAAAUUCUAAUGCUACGGAUAUUAGGUCUGAAGAAAAUGUUAUUGGUGGGUUGCAUUUAUUUGCGAAGAAAAACGUGGAGUUAGCAUCCAGGUCUUGUACUUUACUUACCUGCACAACCAAGGGAAACGCGAGUGUGAAGUCCUUUGAAGUGACCAAUUCAUCUUCAGAAUCUGUUUCUCUUAAUUCUUCAACUUGGAAUGUAUGUGCUGGCGGUGACAUCUUAUGUUGCAAGGUGGAUGGAAGUGAGAAGUAUGCUUUAUUUGGAGGGAAAGGCGUUGAAGUUAAUUUUUGGGAUCUUGACAACUCCACUAAGAUAUGGAAUGCCAAAGCUCCUCCUAAGAACAGCCUUGGUAUUUUUACUCCUACCUGGUUCACAUGUGGUACAUUUCUUAGUAAAGACGAUCACCGUAAAAUUGUUGCUGGAACUAACAGCCAUCAGGUCCGUCUAUAUGACAUCUCUGCUCAGCGAAGGCCUGUUAUUUCAUUUGAUUUUCGUGAGACACCUAUUAAAGCAGUGGCUGAGGAUAUAGAUGGUUAUUCAAUCUACAUAGGGAAUGGGUCUGGUGACCUUGCCUCUGUUGAUAUACGCACAGGAAAAUUGCUAGGAUGUUUUACUGGCAAAUGCUCUGGAAGCAUCAGAUCCAUAGUUAGGCACCCUGAGCUGCCGAUUGUAGCUUCAUGUGGACUGGAUGCUUAUCUUCGCAUUUGGGAUACAAGGACCAGGCAGCUCCUUUCUGCGGUCUUCCUGAAGCAACACCUUAUGCAUGCCGUUUUUGACUCUAACUUCAUCAGUCAAGAAGACCAGCUCCCAAACGAAGAGCAGGCUAAGGAUAAUGUCAUGCUUGGUGAACAAUUUGAGGCAAUGCCUUUGAAAAGAAAGAAGUCUGAAAGUAAAGAGACCACUGUGAACACAACAGAUGGAAAAAAGAAGGAAUCUAAGAAGAGGAAAGGUCACAACAAAUCUAAAGAAGAUAGUCGAAGCGAAAAGAUUACAAGAGAUGAAGUAACCAGGUCAAAAUCCAAGAAAAAAAGCAAGUCAAAACUGGAAAUUCCAGAUGGAGGGUUGUGAUCCGGAUGUACUAAUUACUGCAUCAUGACAUAGGAAAUCUGAAAACCAGAUAGUAAUGGGGUUGGUCGUUCUAAAAUUGGACCAGCUUGGAGGUGAAAUUUCUGGAGGAAACCUUCCAAUUGAUUUUGCAUGCGUGAUGCAGUUCAUUUUUGUGGAUUGGCUAUGUCCAACUAAUCAUGUUUUAACUUAUUUUAUAUAGGUAGGUAAAAUCACCUCCCCUCUACCAUAUCUAUUGAAGGUUUUUCUUUUCUUUUUUUAAAAUUUUUGGGGUGAGGGGAGAUUUUUGUAUGCCUUAACAUGAGGAGAGAUGAAAUUUAUUCUUGGCUUAUUUUUGCUGUCCUUAUUCUGCA